UCUGCUCACAGGAACGAGUAUACCGCUUUACCUGCAACCGCCACGGCGCGACCCCCGUUUUCAGUUCCAUCUCAAAAUUAAAAGCCCCUGGCUGGCGUUCGUUCUAUUUUGCGCGGACAAAGACAUUUUUCGAAUCCAAAACCGAAGCUUUCAGAAAGAACGAAGAAACUAGAGGGAGCAGUGAAGGAGGUUAGGGUUUGCAACAAUGUCGGAUUCUGAAACAAUGGAGGUUCUUAGGGCUAGUAAGGACGCUGAGUUGGGGAAGGAGAACACUGAUGAUAAUAGUUUAGCUUCCACCGGCAAGGUGAAGGUUGAGCUGCAGAUUUCGGAGGAGAUGAAUGGUUCAGGGGCUGAAAUAAAAGAUUUAAGAUGCGGGGAUUGGUUGGACGAUACGAAGGUUCUUAGGGCUUGUAAUGACACUGAGUUGGGGAAGGAGAAGACUGAUGAUAGUAGUUUUGCUUACAGCGGCAAGGUGAAGGUUGAGCCUUUGGAGGAGAUGAAUGGUUCAGGUGCUGAAAUAAAAGAUUUAAGAUACGGGGAUUUGUUGAGCGACACAAAGCAGUGCGAUCAAGAUGAAUCUGAAGGCAAGGUCGCAAUACCGGCAGAGGCGGUCAAUGAAGAAGAAUCAGAUGGUGGGAUUGUGGCUUCUGUUGGGAAGCGGAAGAGGAAGGCUAGCUUAGAGUUUGAUAAGAAGCAGGAUCAGUUCAACGAAGAUGGAUUGGAUGGUGGGAUUGUGGCUUCGGCAGGGAAACGGAAGAGGAAGACUAGCUUGGAAUUUCAGAAGGAGGACCAGCCGAUGAGUUUUUCAUACAACGAGGAAGAAUCGGAUGGUGGGAUUGUAGCUUCUGUAGGGAAGAGGAAGAGGAAGAGGAAGAGGAAGAGGGAGAGGGAGGCUGGCUUAGAGUUUGAUGAGAAGCAGGAUCAGUUCAAUGAAGAUGGAUCGGAUGGGGUGAUUGUGGCUUCGGUAGGGAAACAGAAGAGGAAGACAAGCUUAGAGUUUGAGAAGCAGGAUCAGCAGUGUGAUGAAGGCAAAAUUGAAGCUGGGAUUGCAUCAUCUGUCAAGAAUCGGAAGAGGAAAGCUCCCAUAUAUUAUGAUUAUGAAAAGAACGAUCAGGGUUCUAAGAGAAAAUUACUGACCGGUGAAGAUGCGCUAAUGUGCCAUCAAUGCCAAAGGAAUGACAAAGGAGCUGUAGUGAGAUGUAUGACUUGCAAAAGAAAACGGUAUUGCUAUCCGUGUAUGAAGAGAUGGUAUCCACAGUUGACACCUGAAGACUUUUCUAUUGAGUGUCCAUUUUGUCGGUUCAAUUGCAAUUGCAAAUCAUGCUUACGCAUGAGAGGAAUUUCUGAGCCUCCUAAAAGAGAAAUUCAAGAUGAGGAACAAAGACGGAAUUAUUUAUAUAUAUUACGUUUGUUACUUCCAUGGUUUAAAGAACUGCAGAAGGAACAACAAAUGGAAAAGGAAAUUGAGGCUCGGUUAAAAGGUCUUGCAUUCAAUGAAAUAAAAUUACAAAAAGCUCCUUGUGCGAAAGACGAACGUAUAUACUGCAAUUACUGCAGCACAUCAAUUGUGGAUUUUCAUCGAAGCUGCCCUUGUUGUGCAUACGACUUAUGCUUAUCUUGCUGUCGAGGGCUUCGAGAAGGCUGUUUGCCUGGUCAUAAUGGACAAUGUGGAAUAAAUGCUGAUAUCAAUGAAAAUUUUCUUAUUGCACUCAUGCAAUGGAGAGCAAAUGAUGAUGGCAGUAUACCUUGCCCGCCAGAAGUAGUCGGUGGCUGUGGCAAUUCUCUUUUGCAGCUUAAGCAUAUUUUUUCAGAAAAUAUGCUUCUCAUGUUGGAAGAGAAGGCUAACAUCAUUGUUGGGCUUGAAAGCAGUGAACAUAAAGUGUUGCAUGAAAACUCUGGAGCUUCCACUUGUUUCUGUGUGUCAGAAAAAAAUGAUUCUGUUAGUGUCGCAAUAAGAAAGGCAGCAUCUAGAGAAGGCUGUGAUGAUAAUCUUUUAUAUUGUCCAAGUGCUAGAUAUGUUCAAGAGGGAGAAGCGGAGCAUUUCCAGAAGCAUUGGGCUAAAGGUCAGCCUGUUAUUGUUCGUGAUGUACUUGAUCUAUCUUCUGGAUUGAGCUGGGAGCCAAUGGUUAUGUGGCGUGCAUUGCGGGAGAAGAAAGUGAGAAAGGUUAAAUCUGAAAAUUUUGAAGUAAGGGCGAUUGAUUGUCUGGACUGGUGUGAGGUUGAGAUAAAUAUUCAUAUGUUUUUCCAUGGAUACUCUACUGGGCGAUAUCAUCGAGAUGGUUGGCCUGAGAUGCUUAAACUUAAAGAUUGGCCUCCUUCUAGUUCCUUUGAGGAACGUCUACCACGUCAUGGUGCUGAGUUCAUUUCCACUUUACCUUUUCAAGAAUAUACAAAUCCUCGGGAUGGCCUUCUAAAUCUUGCUGUGAUGCUUCCUGAUGGUGUUUUGAAACCCGACCUUGGUCCAAAAACAUACAUUGCUUAUGGAUUCUUUGAAGAGUUGGGGUCUGGUGAUUCCGUCACCAAGCUUCACUGUGAUAUGUCUGAUGCGGUGAAUGUACUAACACACACUACAGAAGUUCCCCUUACGAAAGGCCAGCUUUCUAAAAUUGAAUUAGUAAAAAGACAAAAAAGAGAUAAACAAAAGAACUCUGAUAUCAAACUAGAUAAUGAGGUCAAUCAAGAUGUGCAGAGUACUUUUUCGAAUUGCAAGGACCAGCAGUUGCUAGCUGGUGGUGCUAAAUCUUGCUCUAAUAAUGAAAAAAUUGAUAGUGAGAUCCAUGAAAUAGAUAAUAAAGCUACUUUGGUGCUUGAUGGCAUUAAUUUGGAUGCCCUUUCUGAAGGAAAGCUUUCUGAUUCCUCUCCUUCUUUGGGUGAACAAAAUUUAGUCUUGCUUGCUGAUAAAGCUCGGAUUUCAAGCAAAGGAUUUCAUUCUAUGAGUAGCCACAAAGUUGAACACGGUGAAAAUUGUUCUUCAAGUGUUGAACACAGUGAAAAAUGUUCUUCAAGUGUUGUUCAGCCUACCUGUUCUGCAGAUGCUUUAGCUGCUAGAACUGUGGGAGAUUCAUUAAUAAACUUAGAUCAUCAUGAUUAUUUAAGUCUAGGAAGAACAAGUGAAUUUUUUGAAACAUCAGAUUCAAAACCCAAAGACAAUAAUCAAAAUAUUGAUGGAAAAUGCGUCAUUUCUUAUCGUCGGAAAAGGGGUAGGCCUAGGGGAUCAUCAUAUAAACAUCAUGGCGGCAGACAUGCUUUAUCUUCUAGCCCUAGAAAUUCUCAAAUUGUGGACAAUGAGAAAACAAGAAGAGGAAGGCAUAUUCAGAAAGUAAAUGAUUCGGCAAGCAUGUUUGGUAAACAACAUGCUACUCUCCAAGACGACAUGAUGGAUAAAGAGCACAUAGAAGGUGGUGCUCUGUGGGAUAUCUUCCGAAGAGAAGAUGUCCCUAAAUUAGAAGAGUAUAUUCGGCAGCAUUUCAGCGAGUUCAGACAUAUACAUGAUAAGCCAGUAAAUAAGGUAUUCCAUCCUAUACACGACCAAUCUUUCUAUUUGUCAAUGGAUCACAAAAGGAAACUUAAGGAGGAAUAUGGAAUUGAGCCAUGGUCGUUUGUGCAGAAGCUUGGAGAGGCUGUAUUCAUCCCAGCGGGAUGCCCGCAUCAGGUUAGAAACUUGAAGUCUUGCAUAAAGGUUGCUCUUGACUUUGUCUCACCUGAAAAUAUUCAUGAGUGUGUGAGGCUGACAGAAGAAUUCCGCAUGCUUCCGCGGGAUCAUAGGGCUAAGGAAGAUAAGUUAGAGGUGAGAAAAAUAGCUCUCCAUGCUUUCAUUCACGUUGUGGAGACUUUAGACAAAGCAACAAGGAACGCACGGCCCGAUAUUGAAAGCAACAAAAGGACAUGCAACGCAACAGGGUGCUGAUUCUUCUUCAAAAGUCACCAUUCAGGGAUACAUUUUAUGAAGGGAUUGCCUGAUAUUGCUGAUUUUUUGGUGCAUUUUUGUUUUUAUUCUGGUCCUGUGAAAGGGCGCAUCUUUUCAGGAAUGUUCAAUUACUUUUUAAGAGCUACUAUUUUUUUUUUAUUUGGUUAGUGUGUUAGUUGAAAGUUAGUAAAUUGGAUUUCAUUUGUCUUUUUUUUUCUUAAU